CCGGCAGUGUAACCGCGACUCCCGCGCACGACGCACGCUCGAUCGACUCGCGAAACUUCGAAAUUUAAAUAUUGUUGUGACAGUGGUGCUUUUUGACGGAUUUUAUUUGACACUGGGACCAGUGGGACUUUUUUUAUUAUUAAAAGCCAAUGUCCAUCUAAAAUGUCGUCAGCAGGCGCCGUCCUCCUGGAGGCGCGGCCGUUCAGGCCGUUCAAGUCCUCCGAGGAGUACCUCUACGCCAUGAAGGAGGAUUUGGCCGAGUGGCUGACAAUCCUCUACCCCGAGCUUAGGAUCAAUGCUGACAAUUUCUUGGAUAGAUUGGAUACUGGCGUCGCUUUAUGUCGGCAUGCCAACGCCGUCCGCGACUCAGCCCGUCUGAUCCUCGACUCUCCAGCCCCGGAAUCCGAAGAUGCCCUCACCUUGGCCAAGGCCCUCCGCUCCAGACCCCCAGUCAACAUGCUGCCUGCCGCCAAAGCUGGCACUUUCUUCGCCAGAGACAACCUAUCUAACUUCAUAGACUGGUGCAGGAGAGCUCUUGGAAUUUUGGAGUGUCUCCUCUUUGAAACUGAUGAUUUAUGCUUGAGAAAAAAUGAGAAGCAUGUAGUCUUAUGUCUCUUGGAAGUAGCGAGGAAAGGAGCGGUUUUAGGAAUGCCGGCUCCGCUGCUAGUUCAAAUGGAGAAGCAGAUAGAGAGAGAACUAGCAGGAGAGGAGCUGAGACCUGAUGAUAAUGCGCUGGGAUUGGUCCCCGUUGGUCCGCAGCCGCAGCUGGUGACGAAUGACUUGAGGAGUUUGGAUGAGAGGGUGAGGGACUUGGUGGAGAGGUGCUCGUGUCCGACGCAGUUCCCGAUGGUGAGGGUUUCGGAGGGGAAGUACAGGAUUGGGGAUACGAGGCUGCUGAUCUUUGUCAGGAUCCUCCGCUCCCACGUGAUGGUCCGCGUUGGCGGCGGCUGGGACACCCUGGCCCACUACCUGGACAAGCACGACCCCUGCCGCUGCCGCGCCCAGCACCGCACCUCCCUCUCGGCCCGCCUCGCCCGCCCCAAGCAGGACCUCGCAGGCGCCACCGUGACCUACGAACGACCAGACCCUUACCAACAGAAAGAACCUACUUCUUUACAGUACUCCCAGUACUCCAAAUUCUACAACGAUGACUCCAGAGCACACUAUCAGAGUAACAACAGACUUGACGCUCCAACCAGCUUGCCUUACUUAGGGGAAUUAGAAAGAGCUGCAUCACCAAGCAGAAAACACUUAACUCCACGCGCGAAUAGCCCUGGUCGCAAAUCUUCUUCACCAGAUCGGAGAACAAAGAUUGUAGUGUCUAAUCAUUUGGUGCCAACGCCUCAUGCUGUAAGAAACAAGAGCCCUAGACCAGUAUCUCCAGCACCAGCUGCGGAGAGCGCGUCAGAUAAUGGGUCUGAGGUGUCGGAUGAGGGGUAUAGGAGCUUGGGAGUGGUGGCUGGAUCGACGCAGGGGUCGCCUUCGACUAAAACAACGAAUCGAUAUUCCAUGCACAGCCAGAAUUCGUAUGAUGACGCUGAAUAUAGUGAGCGUCUCGAUCAAGAUGACGGCUGUCACAUGGACCGCGACCGUGUCGACGACUACGUCAGCCUGAACACCGGCCUGCGCAAGACCGGCUACGCUGACACCUUCUACGGAGGCAAGAAACCCUCCUCCAUCGAGGACAAGUCCAACAGGACCAGCCCUGAACGCAUCGUCGUCGUAGAAAGCAACAACUCACCAAGCAUGAGCCUUCGAGCCAGCAGAGACGUCGAGCCUAAGAAAGCCCUCCGCAGCCGCCCUCCCAGCAGGAUCCCACAUUCACCCGUCCGCGCCAGGACACCCAGCCGCGGCAACACCCCCAGCCCUAAACACACAGCCAAUGUACAAACUUCACCGAAACUUACUCCAAAGCUACCACCAACAGCUAGAAACACUUGGAGUGGACGCACUGCCCCUAAUCAAGCCAAGUCUAAAGCCAGACCGACUAUCGGCGCUGAUACCUUCGAUAAUCCUAACAAAUCUCCCAAAGCAAGGCCUAAAGCCGCUCCUCAGAAUGAAGCAUUCAAGAGAAAUUCCCCGCUUAGAGCUAGCAGCGUUACUCUCCGCUCUCCACCGAAUCAAAAGCCUCUAAGUCCUUUGCUAGAACACAUCUUAAGGUCGACAGAAACUGCUAAAGACGAUGCCGCAGUUUUAGAAAAGAUGAAGGAGAUCAUCAGAACUUAUUCAAAAGGAGAAGAUUCUUUAUCCAGGACGAGUUCUAAAGACUCAGAUUACGCUGAUUUCACUUCAGCGUGGGUAAUGUCUGAUGGGAAACUGGAGAGGUCGACUAGUACGAGGCAGUUGGCUGCCCCGAGGAAGGAUCCACGGAACGGAGCCUCCAGGAUCCCAGCUCCUGUGUCAAUAGGCUGCCGGAGGUCCACUUCCACGUCCCAGUUUCAAUGACAGGAGUCCCAGGAUAGUGAGCUCAGUGAAAAAUAAAGACUGAAUGCCGGAGAAGGGUUGUGAUGGUUCAUGUCAAGUGAUAGAAAAAGUUCCGUUUUUGGCAAUAAUUAGAAUGUAUUUGGAAGACGAUUUCGAAGGUUUUUGAACGGCCUGGCAUAGUAGCUAUAAUUCAAGGCUCACGCCUGUUAUUUGUAUAACAUAUAUCUUUUCUAUUUAUCGAAUAUAGCGUAGUCUAUCAGUUAUAAUUAUCUAUCCAUAUCUUUUAUGUGUAUUAGUUGUAUCGGUAAUGUUUAGAUAUUGUAGUGUUUUUGAAAAUUUUCUAAUGUCGUCUAAUUGGUGUUCAUCUAUACACUUAAAAUGUAGUAAAUUUACACUAACAUAAAAGUAACAUCAUAGUUUAUUUAAAGAAGUACGGCUUCUUGGUAUACACUGGUUCGAAUGGAGCCUAAGAUUUUGUAAACUUUAUAGUAAGAUGACCUAUUUUUCUCUUUUGACACUCAUUUUUUGACUUAAAAAUAUGUGUCAAUGUGUUAGUUUAUUUACACGACACUUUUCAAUAUAAAUUGGUCAUCACUAUAAUUAUUGAUUUCUGGUUUUCUUUGUGAAGUAAACUAAAACUAUAUCGGCUGUAAAUGGGAAAUCAAUUUCGUAAUUUUGUUGAAAAGACACAUCAUUUAAGCUUCAAGAACUGGUUUAUUUUUACAAAGAAAAUAAUGAAAUAAUAUAGGUAAAGACAUUUUUAAUAACACUAGAUGUAACUUAACAGUUUAAAGUUUAGAGGCAUUAGAGUUACUAACGUUAGAUUGUAAUACUUUUGCUAAAGACUAUGAUAGCACCAGAACAAACCACAACAAAACAACAAAACUUACAACAAAAUUUACAAAAAUGACACUUUUUGAAUAGUGUCAUUUAUUCAUUAAAAUAUAUAUAUAUUUAGGGUGAGUUCUGGUGUUAAACAAUAUGGUCUAAUUUAACGUUACGCGGGUUGAUUCACAAAUAGCGACAAAAGAUGGUGCUAAUUUUAAUUUUAGGUUAAAUAAAAUAUGGCAAGUCCCAGUAAACUUCAUCUUGUACGACAAAACGUAUUAUAAACACCAUUAUAGAUUACUGACAAGUGAAACACUUGUGUGCAACCGGUGUCAGUGGCGAAGGGAUGUGUAUAUCAGUAAACUUGUUAAAUUUAUGCAGUUUGAGCAUUUUAAACAGGCAUUAAAAGCAUAUUAAAUGUUAUGCUUGCCUUGUUCAGUCGCCAUCAAGAUUAGGGAAUGCAAAUCGGUUAUUUAUUGUAUGGAAAUAACUGCGGUUUCGGUUAAUAACCGAUUAUUUCCAUACAAAAAAUAACCGAAAAUAGCCGAUUUGCAUUCCCUAAUCAAGAUAUAGCGGAGCGGCCAAGGCGCUCAUAAAUAUCUGAACACGCCUCUAUUGUGGAGGCGAUAGAAUUCGUGUUCAGAUAUUGUGAACACCAUGGCCGCUCCGAUAUAUCUGAUGGCGACUGUUCCAUGAUGCUUUGCGACACUGACAUUGCUUGCAGGUCUAUGGUUUUCUUGGAGACGUUCAAGACCAAGAUGGAAAGUUAACAUUUUAUUUUCAAGUAGGUAAUUAUUCAACAGAGAUUUUAUUUUAGUUCUAAGUAUACGAUAAUCGUCGCCCAAUAAAAUUAGUUGUAAAAGACAAGUUUGAAAUAAGUUUUUAGUUAGAAAUGACAUUUUUUUUAGUUUUUUAUUCGAGACUAAAAUGGACCCGGUUGAUUAACAAAAUUAACAUAGUAUUUAUUGAGAAAUGAGCAUUUGGUAAGCAUUUAUCGGCGAUCAUUCCAAUUUACCGGGAAAUCUUUGAAAUUUUUUUCAAAAAGUAAUCUCAUGUUUUGUCUGUAACUGUAGUUUUUGUAAGCGACAUAAAUGCACUAUUUGUAACUGUCAUUUUAUGAAAAAUUAUUUGCAUUCAAUUAAAUGUGAAUAAAGAAAAAAACAUUUAUACAAUGACUUAAAUUCUCAAGAAACGACGUGAAAAAGGUGGGAAUGCGUAUUGACCGUGAAAAAAUGGUCGAAAACAAGUUUUAAUGCUUUGACCAGUGUAACUGUAUUACACGAGAAGUCGUAUUAAGCGGGUGCUUUUGUAAUUUUAUCGCUUAGAAGAACUACGGCCGAUUGUACAUAGGUUGUGAAUUAGCAGUUGGUGGUUAGGUUAUAUGGCAUUGAACUAAAACAUCCAAAAUCGUACCUCAUCUAGUAUACCAAUAAAAGAGUAUUUUUUCACUCGCUUGUAGUGUAGACAGCUUAGCGACUUGAAAAUAUAAAGGUUCUAGUUGCGUUGGAUUAUAAUAGGUACAGUCAAGGAAUUUAAAUUCCGACCCAUUUCGUACUUUGUCACAGUGACAAUUAAUAUGAAAGCCGCUAGAGACCUCAUACAGUUGUCACUGUGACAAAGUACGAAAUGGGUCGGAAUUUAAAUUCCUUGACUGUACUUAUGUCGAAGACUUAAAAUUAUAUCCAAAAAUCCGAAAUAUAAAACAUAAAGAUGACGACUCAAAAACGCAAUAAACAAUGUAAUAAAGGAUCUUUAUAUUUAUCACGCAAUAAUUAUAGCCAUGCCAUAGACCGUCCAAAAAGCAAUAUUUUUGGAAAAAAUAACUUAUCUGGAAAUCAGUUUUUGGUGAAACAAAGACGCAUAAUUAACAUUAUGUAUUCGACGAGUCUUUGUUUUAUCAAUAAAAAUCAAAUUUAUAUAUCAAGUAAUUCACUGUUUCUGAUCCUUCUUAAUUAUGUAUGUUUCAUUCUAACUUGUAAGAAAUAUUAAAAAUAAUUGUUCAUUUAAUAAACUAGUGACUUAAACCAAAAAGUUCAGUUUCCACAUUAUACCAAACUAAAACUUUUUGAUUCGGUCACUAUUUUAUAAUCUGUGCAAUUAUUUUUUUUAAUCAUGCUUCUAAAAGCUUGAUCAAGAUCGCUUCUCUCUGUCCAAUUAUAGGCAUCGCUUAACGUGCGAUAGAAAUAGAAGCUUUCGCAAACUAUGCUAAAAUAGUAUAUUGAAUAAGUUAGAAUUGGAACUGCUAUUUGUAAAUUAUAUUAUAAACCACCAGGCUAUUCUAUGCUUCUACUAAAUACUACAUUUCUGCGCAUUGUGGAUUCCGCUUACAACGAAUUAAUAUAUAACUAUGUGCAAUAAGUUAUUAUGUUAAUGACUCAUUCAAAUCCUGUAUUUUAUAUGAUGAAAUCUAAGCCUAAACAUGAAAAAAUGGUUUGUAAUGUUUAAAAUAAGUAUGUAGGUACUUACCUACCUAGGUACUUAUUUUAAAUAUUUCAUACUUAAAAUAAUAUACCUUACCUAUGGUUCUUUUUCGAUCUAGGUAUGUCGCUAUUUUUUUUUAUCGGAAUAGACUCGUUUAUCGGAAUGUUCGUUGUGAGCGGGGCCACAAAUUCUUUAGGUAUAACUUGGUAUAACUUAAUUAUGGUUGAGAAAAUAGAGUUAUAAGUAAAUUACUAAAAACUAAAAUCGAUCAGAUAAAUAGUUACUUAAAUACUUACUAGAUGGCGCCCAAAUAAGCUCGAAUUUAAGCAUGUCGUUCUAAAAUGAGGGCGUUACUUCGAUAGUAUGGGAUCGGCUUUUUGGCAGUCAGUUCGUGUGAUUCCUAACGUUCAUUGAAAAACCCCAUCUAGUGAGAUUUUUAAGCACGAUAUUUUAGUUCAUCAGUAUUUAAUUGUAACUCUAUAAUCUCUGGUUUUGGUUAGUUUAUUGCUAGAGGCUAAGUAAGACUUAGUUGCUUCCUGGUCGUUACCACUGACAAUGCCAUAGACAUUCGUUAUUCUAUUUCACUGAAUAAAGUUGAUACAAUAUAAAAAAAA